AUGGCGAAGAAAUUCGUUCCCCGGCAGCGGAAGCACAAGGUGCUCGCCCGGCAGCGAGCGCAAGAAAAUGCCACCCACGAGGUCGACGACGCCAAUGCGCUGGAAAUUAUCCCCGCCCAAAAACGAGAGUUGGAAGAGCGGAAAGCCAAGAUCAAAGAGGAACUCAAGGCUGAAGGCAGCAAGGUCGAUACUACUCUGUUUUCUAGCACCAAAGCUCUUGGCCAAGGAAAGGAGACCAAGAAACAGUCUCUCAGGAGGGCGCUCUUGGAGGAGAGGGCGGGUAUCCAGGACGAAUCGCGCCAAGACCUACUUUUCCAGAAGCGAAAUUUCGCCCCUGUCCCAGCGGCUACAGAAGAGGAUGAAGAGUCUAGUGGAACAUCCGAUGAGGAUGAAGAAGUGGAGGAUGCCGAGGAAGUACCCAACGCCGCUCUAACAAAACUUUCCGUCUCCAAACCGAUCGAUACAAGUUCGCACGAAACCAGUACACCUUUAACGCAGCCCUUGCAGGCAGGAUCAGGUCUGAAGAGGCCGUUAGAUGUGGAUGAUGAGGGUCGUCCCGUGCUAAAGAAGAGGCAAAAACGAGGCGGCGUUGUCACAAAGGUGUCCUUGAUCCACCCAGAACGCCAAAUUACGCACGAGGACGACUACGAGGAAUGGGGUGGGUUUAGCGGCAAUAGCGAGCAAGAUGGCUCUUCGGAAGAAGAAGAUUUACUCGACGAUGAUGAGGGAGAGGACUCUGGAGAAUCUGAAGGUGACGAAGAGGACGAUUCCGUUGAAAAUGCCGAUUCAAGCGACGAGGAAAAUACCCACGGCGAUAGCGAUGGCGAAGAAGAUGAGGACAGUGAUGAAGAUGACGAGGAUGAUGACGACGAUGCCAUGGAUGAAGAUGAUGACGAGGCGGAAUCAAGGAAGGCCCGGUCAUCGGCCUUCAAGGCAUGGGCGCACCAGCAGCGUAAUGAAGCGCUUGGAUAUGCGCCAGUGUCAGCAACACCCUCGGUGUAUGAGAUCCCGAAGCCGGAAAACUUCACACCUCGAGGUCCCGAGUCAGAUCCCCUACCGAAAGAGCUCUUGCCCACCCAAGAUACGGAAAGGAAAGCCUUCGCUGUGGCGGUGAAGCGGUCUCCCGAGAUCCAGGAAGCUCGGCUCAAAUUGCCGGUUGUGGGAGAAGAGCAAAGGAUUAUGGAGGCCAUCCAUAACAAUGACACCGUCGUCAUCUGUGGUUCCACAGGUUCAGGAAAAACUACACAGAUCCCCCAGUUCCUGUUCGAAGCGGGCUACGGUGCCCCCAACUCCCCAACCUCUGGUAUGAUUGGUAUCACUCAGCCAAGGCGAGUUGCUGCUGUGAGCAUGUCGAAGCGUGUGGCCCAGGAGCUUGGCGAGCACUCCAAGCGCGUAGCUUACCAGAUUCGAUUUGAAGGCACCGCUGACCCAACCACGGCCAUCAAAUUCAUGACGGAUGGUGUGCUGCUUCGCGAGGUGGCGCAAGAUAUUUCACUGCGCAAAUAUUCUGCCAUCAUCGUCGAUGAAGCGCACGAGCGGAGCGUAAACACGGAUAUCCUGAUUGGCAUUCUAAGCCGUGUGAUCAAGCUGAGGAGAGAGAUGGCGGCCGACGACCCGACAAUCAAGCCCCUGAAGCUCAUCAUCAUGUCUGCCACGCUUCGCGUCGACGACAUGACACAAAACCAAGCCCUCUUCGCUAUACCACCUCCCGUAGUGGAGGUGGAGGGCCGCCAGCACCCGGUCACUGUCCAUUUUGCGCGCCGCACGCAGGCCGACUAUGUCGAAGAGGCAUUCAAAAAGUUGAGCAAGCGGCUCAAGGCGGUGUUUUGCAAGGGACAGACCUCUAGCCUUCCCAACGUCAAGAUCUCCGCGAGUGAGGCGCCCAUGGAAGUGGAGGACGUUGACUUUGGGGACGUGGACGACCGAAAUGACGACGGUGCCUAUCUCUCCGAGCCGGAGAGCGACGAAGGCGAUGAGGAUGAGGAAGAUGAAUUCGAGAUCGACGAGGACGAUACGGAGCCGCCUCCGCUGAAGAUGCAAAUAUUGCCGCUGUACUCCCUCCUCCCCACGCGAGAGCAGCUUCGGGUGUUUGAGGAGCCUCCAGAGGGUACUAGACAAGUCAUCAUCGCAACCAACGUUGCAGAAACCAGUUUGACGAUACCCGGAACACGCUACGUAUUCGACUGCGGGCGGGCCAAGGAGCGACAAUACGAUAAGCUAAGCGGUGUUCAAAGCUACGAUAUCGGCUGGAUCAGCAAGGCCAGUGCAAACCAAAGAUCGGGUCGUGCGGGCCGCACAGGGCCAGGCCACUGCUAUAGGCUGUAUUCCUCGGCCGUCUACGAACGCGACCUACAGCAGUUUACGGAUCCCGAACUACUGCGCAUGCCAAUUGAAGGCGUGGUACUCCAGCUCAAGGCCAUGAACCUGCAACACGUAGUGAACUUCCCGUUCCCCACGCCACCAGACCGGCAAAGCCUAGCCAAGGGCGAGAAGCUCCUUGAGUACCUCUCUGCACUCUCCCCAUCGGGCGCAGUAACGCAGGUUGGCAAGACCAUGUCGAUGUUCCCCCUUUCCCCACGAUUCUCCCGAAUUCUCCUCGUCGGCCACCAGCAAGGCUGCCUGCCGUAUACAAUCGCCCUCAUCGCCGCACUCUCUGUCGCGGAGAUCUUUAUCCCCGAAAACCAGGCGGUGCCGUCUUUGGCAGAGAAGGGCGACGACGAAAUCCUAACAGCCGCAGAUGUGGCAGCGGAAGACAGACAGGUCGCUAUCCGCAGAAAGUAUAACGCGGUGCAUGCCAACUUUUGCUCGUUAGAUGGCAAGUCAGACGCCAUUAAGUUACUACAAGUCGUCGGAGAGUUCGCCCACGACCCCACAGAGGAGUGGUGCGAGACGCACUUUGUGCGAUUCAAGGUUCUCAAGGAGAUUCAGCAACUUCGCAGGCAAAUUGUGGACCUUCUCAAAGCAAACAUUGCCUCGUGCGCGACGCUCAAGUUUGAGGAUCAGCUGAGCCGACCGACGGAGAAGCAAAUUAUCGCACUCAAGGAGAUGGUGGCCGCCGGUUUCAUUGACCAGGGAGACUCAAAGGACCCGGCCGACAGCCUUGUCUACAUUCAUCCGUCUUCGCCGCUGGCUCACCAUAGCACGCAAGAGUGCCCGCCAUUCAUCAUUUACGCGUACCUCCAGAGAGCGUCCACGGGCGGGCUGGAUCUCGAUAGGAAGCCCAAAACGAGGAUGCACGCACUUACCGAUAUUUCGGGCCGGGAGCUGGCGGCGCUGGCCAAGGGCACGCCGCUCAUCAGCUACGGCAAGCCGAUCAAGGAGACGCAGCUUCCCAAGGCUGAUGACGGUCGUGGAUGGAAACCCCCGCCGUACGCGGCGCUAUCGCACACGUGGGGCAGCGACGAGAUCACGUACAAGGACAUGGCCUGGCUCCAAGAGUACCGCCGCCUGUACGAGACCCCGACCGAGCCGCCCGCGACCAACGGGGAAUCGUCCGCGCCGCCCCCGCCAGCAGAGGCCGAUCCAGAAAAGGAGGAAGAGUGCCCCGAAUACACCGAGGCGGCGGAGACAUCGACGGAGGAGCAAACCACCGCGAGGGAGCUCCGCGCCCGCAACGGGUACCGAAAGAUUCUCAACGCCGCCGAACACACCCGGGCCAGCCAGAUCGGGUACCUGUGGAUCGACACGUGCUGUGUUGACAGGUCGAGCAGCGCCGACGCGUCCGAGGCCGUGCUCGCCGCCCACAGGCUCUUCAAAAACUCCGCCAUCUGCUUCAUCUACCUCGCCGACGUGCCCGCCGACGACGCCAUCGCCGACCGCGACUCCGGUGUGGUUCGACCAGUCCUGGAACUUUAUUUUCCCGACUCCCUCCUCCUCGCGGAAAUCACCGGCAUCGACUUCACCUUUGUCGAGGGCGCCGACUACGGCACCAUUCCCUGCGUCGCCAAGAGAUUGUCCUGGGCCGCCCACCGCAGCGCCACCCGCCCCGAGGACGUCGCCUACUGCCUCAUGGGCCUCUUCAACAUCGCCAUGCCCGUCCUCUACGGCGAGGGCCAGCAGAGCGCUUUCCUCCGCCUCCAGCACAAGAUUCUCAAAAAGACCGCCGACCCCUCCAUCUUCGCGUGGGGCUACGAAUGCUUGAUCCUCAGCGACGGCCAGCGCACCUUUGCCGUCCAACCGCGCAACGUACCUUUUGAGUACUUCGUCCUCUUCCCCGAGAUUCUCGACGACAGGAACCUGCAAGACGCCAUUGUUCUACCUGUCGGCACCUACCAUCUUCCCCCUACCCGAUACUCCUUUACCUCUGGCGGCUUCAUCUCCUUUGGCCACUCCCCGGAUGCCUCUCGCCCCGUCACCAUCUUUCUCCGCUUCGAACAGUCGGGUGCCUUCAGGGACGCAUUCGGCCCGGACCGUCGCCGCUUCGUCGUCAUCUUACAGUACGACCCCAUCGUUUCUCGUGCAAAGGAUAUUGCCGUCGCCGACCUCACAGCCAGAGUUAUCGACUGCACCUCGGCACCUCUUUUGUCAUUUAUAGACGAGUUCUACAACUCUCCCAAGCGGGCAGACAGGGCUCUCUGGGCCAGAUUCCCAUGGGAGGCCGACAUUGGAGAUAGUCGCAUCUGCGCGUCCUUCAAUAUGAACGGGGAUGGCAGAGAGAAUGCGUUCGAGUUGAGGCAGGUUAAAUAG